UGGACAUUGUAGCCAUCAUCUACUGCAACUACUUCUACUACUACAGCUGGUACUCUGACCACCACGUAGUCUAUUCUGAUUCAAUUUCAGAUCUGAGAAGAGCCAAACAGAACGAUCUACACACCUAAGAUUCAACUUCACUAGUUAAAUUUGAUUUCCCGGUUUUGACUUUCAUUCACGUUUCAGAUAUUCAUUAAUAUUCCCAAAAUACACAUACCAUAAUGUCAGUUUCUCCUCCGUUGUCGGCCAAGUCGUACAACUCAAUAGUGGACCUCAGGUUCACUGCGUCGAAGCCCCAGGGCUGGGUGGUACAGAAAUUUGGAGGCACUUCAGUGGGUAAGUUCCCGGAGAAUAUCGUGGACGAUAUUGUCCUGGUUUUCUCCAAGACCAACCGUGUCGCUGUAGUAUGUUCUGCCAGAUCGUCGCAGACAAAAAGUGAAGGUACUACUUCUCGAUUGUUGAAAGCAGCAGACAUAGCAGCCGAAAGUGGUGAUUUUCAAUAUAUGCUUGACGUCAUUGAAGAUGAUCAUGUCAAGAAUGCCGAAGCCAGAGUGAAGAACAAGACUAUUCAGCAGAAAUUGGUAGCAGACACCAAAAGAGAAAUCGCACAUGCUGCUGAGCUUCUCAGGGCAUGUCAGGUGAUUGGAGAAAUCAGUGCCAGAUCGCUUGACUCCGUCAUGUCCAUUGGAGAAAAGCUCUCAUGUCUCUUUAUGGCUGCUCUCAUGAACGACCAUGGCUUAAAGGCUGUCUAUAUCGACUUGUCUGAUGUCAUUCCAUUAGACUAUGAUUUCACCAACGGCUUUGAUGACAAUUUCUACAAAUUCUUGUCUCAGCAGUUAAGUAGCAGAGCCUUAGCUUUGAGCGAAGACACUGUUCCUGUCUUGACAGGUUAUUUCGGAACAGUCCCUGGAGGAUUGUUGAACGGAGUAGGCAGAGGCUACACAGACUUGUGUGCUGCUCUUGUUGCCGUAGGAGUACAGGCAGAUGAGUUGCAAGUAUGGAAAGAAGUGGACGGUAUCUUCACUGCUGAUCCUCGUAAGGUGCCUACAGCCAGGUUGUUGGACAGUGUCACACCUGAAGAAGCAGCCGAAUUGACAUACUACGGCUCGGAAGUCAUCCACCCCUUCACGAUGGAACAGGUAAUAAAAGCCAAGAUCCCUAUCAGAAUCAAAAACGUGGUGAAUCCAAAGGGAAGUGGUACCAUCAUCUUCCCAGAUAACGUGGGCAGAAGAGGCGAGGAAACUCCUCCACAUCCUCCUGAAGCUUACGAGACGUUAUCCAGUAGUUUCGUGCUUAGCCAUAAGAAACGUUCUGCUACAGCAAUCACUGCCAAACAGGAUAUCGUAGUCAUCAACAUACACUCUAAUAAGAAGACACUUUCCCACGGGUUUUUAGCCCACAUUUUCACAACUUUAGACAAUUUCAAGUUGGUUGUUGACUUGAUUUCAACCUCAGAAGUUCAUGUUUCUAUGGCUCUCCAGAUCCUGCAAGACCAGGAGCUCCAGUUGAAGAAUGCCUUGAAGGAUUUGAGAAGAAUGGGUACCGUUGAUAUCACAAGAAAUAUGACCAUCAUAUCGUUAGUUGGAAAGCAGAUGGUCAAUUUCAUUGGUAUUGCCGGUAAUAUGUUCAAGGUGUUGGCUGAUAACAGAAUUAAUAUCGAGAUGAUCUCACAAGGAGCAAACGAAAUCAAUAUUUCUGCUGUCAUCAACGAAAAGGAUACGAUUAGAGCUCUACAAUCGAUCCAUGCAAAGUUAUUGGAAGGUACAUUUGGCUUCGACGAUCACGUGGAGAGUGCUGUAGACCUCCGUCUUGAGUCGUUGAAGUUCCAAUAGACUUAGAAUAAUUAUAUCAUGUAUAUACACCAAAAAAAGAUAGCACUAAUUAUAG